AUGCCGCGGCAGCCGCUGGCCUCUCCUGUGCUGCUGAACUGCUCCGUGGGUUUGGUCUCAGUGCAGCGGGGAGGCCACCAGUACCUCACAGUAGAGGAAGCACCAGCAGCAGCAGCAGCAGCAACAGCAGCAGCAGCAGCAGGUCGCCUUGGCGGCUUUACGCCUAGACCCACAGCAGCAGCAGCAGCAGCAGCAGAGGCCCCAUGCGUCGUGUCUGCAAGCCCUCCAUUCCCGAGCAGCCCCCGCAGCAAGCUGCUGCUGCUGCCCACCUACCCAGCGUACCACAAAGCAAUCAGCAGCAGCAGCAGCAGCAGCAGCAGCACACAGGGCCCUUCCUGCUGCAGCCAUGGCACUGAAGUGCUGCUCGCCUUUUUGGGGCCCCCAAAGGGGGAAGCAGCAGCAGCUCUGUGGCUGCUGGGGGCGGGGGGCCCCCAGGGCCCCACACCUAAAGUCGUAUACUCUACUGCAGCAGAACCUGCAGCAGCAGCAGCAGCAGCAGCAGCAGAGCUCAGCAGGAGGACGCAUGCGCGGCAGGAGUGGGGCCCUGGGACGCCAGUGGUAGCGAAGCAGAUAUGUCCUGCUGCAGCAGGAUCUGCAGCAGCAGCAGCGGCAGCAGCAGCAGCAGCAGCAGCAGACUCGCGCCUGCGCUGGAAGCUGCUGCGCCCCUCAAUGCUGCCGGCCCACAUGUUGCCGCAGCGGCUGCAGCAGCAGCAGCAGCAGCAGCACGAGGAUGUGCUGCUGCAGCAAGGGGAAGAGUUAGUGCUGCUGAACCAGAAGACGCAGGAGUUCUUGUCGCUGCAGCUGCUAGUGAAGCCGCAGCAGCUGUUGCUGCAGCAGCAGCAGCAGCUGCUGCAGCGCCGAGUUUGUCUUGUAGGGUCUCUCUCUUUCGACUCCCCGCCUGAGCAUCGCGCAGCAGCAGCAGCAGCAGCAGCCGCUGCUGCUGCUGCUUCUGGGGUGUACGUACACUGCGGCUGGCGCAUAGAGAAAGCAGGACUUCCAGAGUGCGGCCUUCCGCUGUCUAGAUUUGCUGCUGCGCUGCUGGCCCCCAGCCCCUGGGAUGCUGCUGCUGCAGCAGCAGAAGUGUGGGGCAGCAGCACGGUGGCUGCUGUGCUGCAGCAGCAUGGGCUGGCUGCUGCUGCCGCUGCAGUGCCGCCGGCGGCGCCGCUGCCCAUGGAGGAGCAGCAGGAGCUGCUGCUGCAGCGCAGCAGCAGCAGGCCCGAGCCCGACUUCGCUGCUGCAGUCAACUGGGGGCCGCAGCAGCUAGCAGCAGACUGGCUGCUGCUGCCGCAUGCAGCAAGGGAGCGGCUGCUGCUGGAAGAGCUGCUGUCGCUGCUGCUGGGCGUUGACGGCGUGCUGCUGCGGGUGGUGCAGCAGCCGCUGCAGGGGGAGGAGGAGCAGCAGCUUGCUGCGCUGCAGCAACAGCAGCAAGACCUGCUGCUGCAGCAGGCUGGCCGCGCGGAGCCGCGCCCCCGCCAGCAGCAGCAGCAGCAGCAGCAGCUGCAGCUGCUGGAGCAGCACGAGUAUGACCUCAACAGCAGCAGAUGCUGCCUCCCCCCGCUGCCGCGCUUUUCUGUGUGGCUGCAUCCGCUGCUGCAGCAGGAGGGGGGCCCCCCAGGGUCUGCAGCAGGGGGCCUCCAGUGUUUGCUGCAGCAGCUAGCAGCAGCAGCAGCAGACGUGCGGCUGCUGCUGCAUGCGCAGCAGGUGGCAGGCAGCAGAGUCGAAGAAAUGGGAGCUGUGGGGGCUGCUUUUGUUGCUGCUGCUGGGGGGUUUCUCAACGAAUUAGGGUUUAGGGUUUGCUGCUGGGAAGCGGGGGUGCGGCAGGGGACUUUGUCGCUGCAGGGUUUGCGUGCUGCUGCUGCUCCUGCUGCAGCGCUUGCUGCUGCAGCAGCAGAAACUGUCCGCUGCUGCUGGGGGCUCAGGGGCGGGGCCCUCCUCAAUGCUGUGGAAGCAGCAGCAGCAAGACUUCCUGCUGGAGACUCCGCCAGGCAGCUGCUGCUGCUGCUGCAGCAGCAAGCCAUGAGCCCCCUGGCCCACUGCCUGCGGCGCUGGCUGCUGCGGGGAGAAAUCCAAGACACCUACAGAGAGUUCUUCAUUCGGGACAGGACGGAGCAGACGCGCGAUCCCCUUACGGCGGAGUCUGGAGACAGCUGCAGUUUUGCUGCUGCAGCAGGUGCUGAUGGUUAUUUCCUUUGGCGCUGCGGCGCCGCAGUUGCUGCUGCCCUGGACCAGGAGCCUUCACCGACCCUGCUCCUCGAGAUGCAGCAGCAGCAGCAGCAGCAGGUCCUGCAACAGGUACAUGUCUUGGAAGCCCGCAUGGAUGCCGCCAUAAGAAGCGUCACUGAAUAUGAAUGGCUGUGCGACGAUUUGUCGCUGUCUGUGCACCCCAUCGCCAGCCUUUCCGAAGCAGCACAGCUGCUGCACCGGGCAGCAACAAAGCCACAGCUGUAUGCACAGCUGAUUGCUGCUCCCCGGGUGUCGCAGCAGCAGCUGCAGCAGCAGCUGCAGCAGCAGCCCGUGGACCUCGGGCUCACAGACAUCUACCGCCGCCUGUGUCUCAGCCUGAACUGCCGCGGGCCUCUGCGGCUGCUGUUCUCUCGAGAGACAAUUGCAAUUUACCAGCUGGUCUACAGAGAGCUGCUGCAGCUGCACUUGGCUAGCCGCCAGCUAGCGCUAGUUUGGCGAGACCUCCUCAAGACCAAGGACCUCUUUGGCCUCAGACAUUCUGGCUCUCACUUUCGGGCAGCGCUGAAGACAAGAGGGCAAAUGGCCUACUUCGUGUCUUGUUUGCUUUCCUACGUUUCCAACGAUGUGGUGGACGUGGAGUUCGGGCGGUUUCUUUCCUUUUGCUGCCGCGGGCGCCCGAGCGCGGAGCUGCUGCAGCAGCAGCACUUGGAGUGCAUGCGCUGCAUCAGCAGCGGCUGCUUCUUGGGAAGCCCCACAACUUUGCAAAGUCUGAACAAAACUUUGGCAGUCAUUUUGACCUUUGCUGUCCAUACACUCAAGUUCUCCACGCUGGCCACCAGGCCGCAGCUGCUGGGGGCUACUGCAGCAGCGCCUGCUGCAGCAGCCGCACGCGACAGCGAAGCGCAUGCUGCAGCGCAGCAGCAGCAGCAGCGGCUGCUGCAGCAAAAACGCAGAGACAACAGGCUGCAGUGCUUCCGCUGCGCAGUGGAAGCCACGGGCUUUGGCUCGAUGGUCCGCACAGCCCACGCAGCUUUCGUCAGCAGCCAAAAAGAGUUCGUAGGUAAGUGCAGCACCAGCAGCAGCAGCUGCUGCUGCUGCAGCAGGAGCAGUAGUACCUGCAGCAGUGACAGCGGCGGCUGGUAUUUUCGAGCCUGCAGCAGCUGCCACACGUGGCGCAGCAGUGUCAGGAGAGCAGCGCGAAGCAGAGGCGGCUUGACUCGGCUGUUCAGGCUGGUGCAGGGGUCCACUGGUUCUGCUGCUGCUCAUUUGCUGCAGCGCCUCGAAAUGGCCUUAGCAGCAGGAGACAAACAAGGGACUUCUGGAGUCUCUUCGCCUCUGGGCACAACGCCGCGUUACGAGCUGCACAAGGCUCUUUCUGCUGCUGCUGCUGCGCCUGCUGCGGCUCCUGCUGCUGCUGCGCCUGCUGCUGAAGAGGCCGCUGCAGCAGCAAAUGCCGCUAGACUCAGAGCCGCGGCGACACUCGGAUGCGUCAGCCCCCGCAGCGCGACGGGCUCCGCAGCAACAGCAGCAGCAGCAACAGCAGCAGCAGCAACAGCAGCAGCAGCAACAGCAGCAAAAGCAGCAACAGCAACAGCAGCGACAGAUUCAGCAGCAACAGCAACGCCCCCGUACUCCCUACCGACGCCAUCUAGAGAGAGGCCGGUGCUUCUCUCCUCGCUGCACCAGCAGCAGCAGCAACAGCAGCUGCAACAACUGCAGCAGCACCACGAGAAACAGCAGCAGCAGCAGCAGCAGCAGCAUUCAAGCACUACAUCUGCAAUGCAGCAGCUGCUCCACAUGAGGCAGCAACAACUGCAGGAGCAGCAGCAGCGACAUCACGAGCAGCAGCGCCAGCCCCAAAGUCAGCAGCAACAGCAGCAGCAGCAGCAGCAACAGCCGCAGCAGCCCCGCUUCCCGAGGGCUCCAAGAACAGCAGGUCCAUCGACACUGCAGCGAACUGCGAGCGCAGCAGCCACAGCUGCAGCUGCUUCAUCUCGUGGAUUUGAUUCGGGUCUAAAGGGCAGCAGCAGCAGCAGCAGCAGCAGCAGCAAGACAGGGUGGCCCACUCCUCCGAGGCCUGCUGCUGGAGCAGUAGAGACGGCUGCAGCUGCUUGCGCCCGCAGCAGCAGCGUGACAGCAGCCACAGCAGCUGGCAGGGGCUACAGCAGCAGCAGCAGAUACAGUCUCGGGCAGCAGCAACAGCAGCAGCAGCUGUUGCAGCGUGGAGCUGGCACUGGACCCAGCAGUAACGGCAGCAGAAGGCCCCCCCUGUCCCACAGCAGCAGCAACAGCAGCUUUGUCAGCGGCUCCGACACAGACGACGAGAGCCACAACACGGCAGCAGCAGCAGCAGCAGCAGCAGCAAGAACAGCGCCUGCUGCUCAGGUGGAAACAGACGCAGCAACAGAAGAAGCUUGGAGCGAUGCUCCUACUGAGCAAAGUGACCUGGAGCUAGAUGCUGCAGCGCAGCAGCAGCGGCAGCAAAACUUGCUGCAGCAGCGGCGGCAGCAGCUGCCCCCCAUGCAGCCAACGCCGCUAGCCCAGGCCCAGGCGAUGCUCCGACGGCUGCAGCACCAAUGA